AUUUAGUUUAGAGAAAAUAAUGCAAUAAGUAUAGAAGAUUAAUCUAUUUAUCACAUAUGUAAACUGAAGUGUAUGUUAUAAUUGAAUGUGCUGGUUGGUAGUACCAUCGCUUGCUUGCUAACGACUUGACUAGAGGCAUAAAUAUCAUGGAUUGGAAGAAGUCGGUUCAGAAAGCUACAGCUUUAACGAUUGAGACAAAAGACUAUGUUUCAUACUGCACAAUGAUUGAAAUGUUGCUAGAACAGAAUUUGACCCACAAAGAAGAGGACCGCUUAGAUUUACUAUGUGGCUUACACGAGGAGCUUCAGAAGCCAGAACAUGAAGAACUCACAAAAGAAAUCGCAUGGGACGUCCUGGGAAUGUUGCUGCCAUUCGUGAGUGAUAAUUCUUCAAAGGAAGCAACAGACUUUGCACAUAUGUUGGCUGAAAAGGGAAAUCCUAAAGAAGUUUUCUUAAAGUCUAAUGAAAUCCUUACGAGUACUGUAUUUAAGAAUCUGUCUCAGUUGAAAGUGACUGUAGAUUCGAUGAAUUCAGCAAUGAACAGAAUUGAAACCAACAGGCCAUUGGCCUUUCUUGACAAUUACAUUGUUUCUUUAUGUUCUUCAAUUGCUAGGGUUGCACUUGUAAAAGAAAUUAAUAGACUUGACGUGUGGAUUAUGAGCUUGGAUUCAAUGGAAAAAAUGAUACAACGUUUUGGAAGGUAUCCAGAGUGCCAUCAAAAUAUCGUAGCGGCCUUUACAAUAUUCGCCGAACAGUUCUUUUCCUCAGAAAGAUUAUGUUUUUCGUUUCGUGAAUUACUGAGGUCAAACGAUCCUCAUGUACAAUAUCGAAAUAAUAGAGUUCCUUACGAUGUUCAACAGCUACAUGAAAUGGAUUCCUUUUUAAUACGAUUUUUGGAUGUCUUCGAUGGGUUAGGCAAUAUGCGUAUAGACAAUUGGGGCCAGCUAACAAAACACUUCUACGAUGUUAUUAUGAAUCCUGAUGAUACCGAAGGAAGCAUAUUUGUUCAGAAACAAAACGAGGAAGAACAAGGAGAAGGAGAUUUUCAUCAAAAAGUAAUGGUUGACAUCAAAGGUUGUAUUGCUAUGAUAACGAUCCGAAGUUAUUAUAGGGAAAGAAACUUUUUGGAAAAGCUUGUUUAUGAAAGCAAACGUCCUAUUACACUAAAAUCAAUUUUCACCUUAAUUUCUAUCGAAGGAAAUUCUGAUACUUCUUGUUUCAUAGAUUUAGCCCUUUAUCAAUCUUUGUUGCUCUUCAAAUUUAUUGUGGAGCACUCUACUGAAGAUCGUCAUGGUUUGUUUUCUUUACUGCAAAUUUACCAGUACUUUUCGGCUUUCAAUUCAGAACCUUGGAUUCGACUGAUUGCAAACGAUAUUGUGUUUCAUUUAUUAGAUCCAUUGCCAUUGGAUACUCGCUUCGAAUAUGUUUUGGACACAUUGGAAGAGUGCCCUUUUCUAAACGUUAAGGCUAGCAUUCUGAACUAUUACCAAAAGAACGGCGUACUCUCUAAACCGGCCGACAGGAAUCCUUUUCUUGAUGAAGGGAAUAUUUUCAAAGUAAUCAGUAUUAUUAUUGAUGACUUAUCCAACCCAACAACCGAACCUCUAUUAUUAAUUUAUUUACAACAGGCAUUGAUCUUUAUAUACUACAUGAAAUUCCAAAAUAGAUUGGAUUAUAACGAUCAAGUCCAUCAUUUUCUGCAGGAAAUAGAAACUUUUAUUCAAGAAAACGAAGAGAAGGAUUCAAUGCAGAACUUCAGAUAUUAUUUAGACCUAUUACAACAGAAAAAAUAGGUGUCUUUCAUAUCGUGAUUUGUUUAUGCAUCUGGUACCCUGCUAUUGUUAUUUGAUACGUUACCUACAUUAUCAUUUCUUUUUUUUUGUUAUUUUCUUCAUGUCUUAAAUGUACAUCAAAGACAGUAAAGAAUCUCGCAUACCAACUAACAAAAUCGUUUACUCAAACGUAGAUAUCAUUUCUAUAUACGAUUGAAUGAAAUAAAUUAAUGAUUUACUUAAUUUUACAACUUUUACUUACUUAUGAUAUUAGUUUUAUAAUUACUUCGGAAAGU